AGUAAAGAGCUGGUAUCAUUGUCACCAUUAAUUUUGCUUAAAGCCUCUAGAGUUGUUUGCACUGACACGCUACUGAACAUUAUAUAUUUGCAUGUGCUGAAAGUCUACGUAUAAGAGGAAAAGAAUGUUGGCUGCAUGGAUACAAAUAAAAUAUAAAGUAAUAAUUGCGGAAACGGGUUGAGGACAGAGAAGUUAAAAACAACAACACCUCCCCUGGUAGGAAGGAAGAGGGAGCAGGUGGUAAGGGUAAAGUGAGGGAGUGGCAGAAGAGGAAUUCCAGCUGAUAUUUAGGCCACAUAUCUUUCCUCCAAAGACACAGAUUCUACAACCUGCUUCCUUCACAGAGCCACUGACCCCAAAGGAUCUCAGCUGAAUUCUUCUUGAGCUCCCCAGGAACAAAGUAUGAGCACUGCUGGCAAAAUUAUUGCCACCGGGGUGUGCCGCACAGAUGAUCAUGCCAUGAGUCCAAGUUUUAAAGAGGGACUUUUCCCUGUCAUACUAGGCCACGAGGGAGCUGGAAUUGUAGAGAGCAUUGGUCCAGGUGUGACUAGAUUUAAACCAGGCUGGAAGGGUGUGGAUUCUGUACCAAAGCUGGUGUUGGAUUACAUGGCAGGGAAAUUCAACCUGGAUGCACUUGUAUCUUACACUUUGCCUUUUGAUAAAAUCAACGAAGCAUUUGAUCUUAUGCAUCAAGGGAAAAGUAACCGAACUGUUUUGGUGUAUUAAGAACCCAGUACAAACGCCGGAGGACUAGAAGCCCAACAAAAUGUGAUCCUUAUUCAAAUCUGCCCCACUGACUUCUGAUUAAUGUAUCCCCUUGGACAUUGUUUGCAAAAAGCAUUUCUUUGUGAUACGUGAGCAUAGAAUUCAACAUCUCUAAGCCAUAGCUGUAAUAUUUUAGAGCAACUUUUUUAGUUCCUGUAGUACUGUCACAGCACUAUUAAAACUGAAAAUUCCUGUUGUGUCGUGUCACUCAUGGAUUAAUAUCUACAUAUGAAUAUUGUGUUGGCGCAUCACAUAUCUAAAUGUGUAGGGUCACUUGUGUACAAAAUCACUUUUCUGUUAAAGCUAUCGUGUGAAAACAAUAGAUUUAAAUAGA